AUGUCAUCUAAUCUAACUGAAGAACAAAUUGCUGAGUUCAAGGAAGCAUUUGCCCUAUUUGACAAGGACAAUAAUGGUUCCAUUUCCUCAAGUGAACUAGCCACUGUUAUGAGAUCACUAGGUUUAUCUCCAAGUGAGGCAGAGGUUGCUGAUCUAAUGAACGAGAUUGAUGUUGAUGGUAACCACAAGAUUGAAUUCAGUGAAUUUUUAGCCCUUAUGUCCCGUCAAUUAAAAUCAAAUGAUUCAGAACAAGAAUUGCUAGAGGCCUUCAAGGUAUUUGACAAGAACGGCGAUGGUUUGAUCUCUGCUGCUGAAUUGAAACAUGUCUUGACUUCAAUUGGUGAAAAACUUACAGAUGCUGAAGUUGAUGAUAUGUUGAGAGAAGUAAGUGAUGGUUCUGGUGAAAUCAAUAUUCAACAAUUCGCAGCUUUAUUAUCCAAAUAG